GGCUAGAAGAAACUUUGUUGAUUAGUUCAAAGUGUAGCAGCAAGAAGGCCACGACUCUACAGACGGUUAAGAUGCCAAGGAGUAAUGUUUUAGACCGAGUACAGAGCUUUUUACCACAGAUGGCCCAUGCAAAUGAUGAGUUAAGAAGAAAAAUGGUAGCAGCACCAGCUCAUCAGUUUGAUAUUGAAAAUCUAGACAGUGCAACAGAUAAAGUUAUAGAAAUGAACGUGGCUGUAGUUGAACUGAGUGAUUCUGAUACAGAUGAAGAGAUCCUAACUUCAGAAGAUGACUCGGAAUCUGAAGAUGACUGUAUAACUGAGGAAGUGACAAUAGACAACAUUAAGUUUCCUAAACCAAAGGGAGAAAAGGGCAAAAUAGAAAUUUUGGACAGCAAAGUGAAUGAGUAA